CCCUCCUUGGGUCAGCUCAGAUCUGCCUCCCUGCAGAGUCACCAGAAAGAGGUCAACAUUUGGGACAGGGCUGCACCAAACCCCAGCUGUGAAAACAAAGCGAGCAUUGUCAUGGUUUUUGGAGUGACCCCACGCUGUCCAGGGAGCGUCCAUUAAAGGCUAAAAAAACAGAUCAGCCGACCCACUGCCCCAGAAUCCCAUCGCUCGGACAGAUCCGGACUACAUAAUGGAUGCAAUAGACACCUUGCAGAGCUCAACCCCAGAGACGAAGGCUGAGCGGAUCGCUCGCUACAAGGCAGAAAGGAGGAGGGAGUUGGCAGAGCGCUACGGCAACACGGAGGAAUUUACCUCUAAAUAUGUCCGAAGGGACCGGAAAAUCGGCGAGACAUCCGAAGCGGCGUCCUCAGGAACUAAGGAGAGAGAAACACAUGAGGAUAACGGAUCAGAGCCAACGUACUCCAGGAGGGGUUUGAGAAAUAAGGUUGGAGACACCGGCGAUGAGACCACCCAGGAAUCAGAGACAAAUAGUGACCGUAGAGCAGAGACGAAAUCAGAGGCGGUGUCCUCCACGAAGGUGUCCUCUAAUUUCAGGCUGCUGGAAACCGAUGACCCACAGGAGCCUACGGCUGAUGAGGAGUCUGCAGAUUCAGCAAGAGAACGGUCUUAUUUUAAGGAAGCAGAGAGGACUGAGGAUGGUAGCAGCGCCCGGCGCCGUGAUGAAGGAUCACAGCAUCAGCUAAUCAGCAGUGACAGAGGGGAACCUUCGACCAGCCUCUCUAAUGCUGAUAAAGGAAAGGCAAUGGAAGAGUCCACAGAGGAACUUUCCUGGAAGGAGCAGCAGGAAUAUGUUGCCACUACCGAGGAGAAGCAGCCUGUGAGUUCCCUCUCAGACAGAGCUUCUCCCCCCAGCAACAGCAGCGAUGCCUCCCCCCCUCUCAGUCCCCUCGGACAGCCCGCACCCUCCCUGCAGCGCCAAGACUCCGGGCCCCAGGGCAUCAAGGGAAUCCUGAAGAAAAGCCGCUCCACCAGCGUGGAGUCGGACCACAGCGAGGGCAGCGCGCCUGGGCACCUGCCUCCUCGGCAGAGCAGCGUCUCCGUGAGCCACCCUGAGAGCGAGGAGGAGGGGGACGAAGAGGAGAAGGAGGAGGAUUAUGAGGUGGAAGACGAGGAGGAGGAGGAGAUGGGAGACGAGGAGGAGAUGGAAGAAGAGGUCAACAGAGACGGCUAUAAAGCGGACUCAUCGCCCGAUGAUAUCCCAGAUGGCAGCAGCCGCAGAGACGAGAAGAACAGCGGCAGCAGCGGCGGCAGCAGCAGCAGCAGAGAGAGCUUCGAGGAGAUGCGCAGUUUCUCGCCCGACGAGAGCCUGGAGACCACCUCCACGGUGUCGGAGGACGUCGACGAGCUGGAGAGCAGCUUGGAUCAAAGUCAAGGGUCAGCGCUGAAGCAGAGGAUGGCUGUGUUGUCUGGUGCCGACGGCGAAAAGAAAGACAGGCUAAGGAAGCCAAAGCCGUCGGACCUGAUCCAAACGCCGCUGUCGGAUCGCUUUAACAAGCUCCACGACGCUGAAAACGCCUGGAAGAAAAAGAAGUCCAAUGUGGAUCUGGAGCCCAAAAUGUCACUGGCAGACAGGAUGAAGGUCCUCAAGGACAAGGAGGAGCAGUGGAAGAACAGAGGCAAAGGAGCAGCCAACGACUCGGUUCAGUUCACGGUGGCCGGACGGAUGGCCAGGAAAGGUCUCGUGUCCACGGACGAGUCGCCAGUCAUCUCUCUGAAGAAGUCCAGCGCCACGCCCGUGAAACCACAUGAAGAAAUCUCCAGUAGGAGUGACGUCAAAGUGGAGGGAGAUAAACGCCUCGACAAGUUGGAGUCGUUCCUUGACAAACUCCACAGUAAAGGGGGCAGCAAAGCCAAGCCGUCCACCAUCGAGGUGACGGCAGAGACGGAGAAAGAGGUGAUGACCCUGGACGACGAGGAGACGUUUGGCAACUUCUACAAAUCCGUCUCCCCUACAACUCUCCUGGAGUCCAGUGUGGUUUUGACUGAAGAGGACCUGAGUGAGAUCCAGCCCGACACACCAAAGCUAACCUCGGCGGUAGCGGAGCACAAGCGAGCGGUGCGACCAGCCAGAAGGAAUCAGGGCUCCAGGAAUCCCCUGCGGGCUCUGGCCGCCCGUAACGACAUCCGGCAGGUUUACACCGAGCAGAGGCUUAAUGUGGCGUCAGUGGAGACCAAGAGGAUCCAGGUGGAGAGAAUGGCAAAGCAUUCCAACUUGGCCGACGUGGCCUUGGCCGGCCUCGCCAGCAAGGAGAACUUUCGCAAGGUCAGCCUGCGCAGUGUGAAGUCCACAGAGGUGGUGACCAACAACAGCGCGGUGCCUUUUCACAAACUCAUGCUUAUUCGCAUCAAAGGUCGAAGGCACAUCCAGGUGCGCCUGGUGGAGCCGACGGCUCAAUCACUGAACAGCGGGGACUGCUUCCUCCUCAUAACCCCAAAGCACUGUUUUAUGUGGAGCGGAGAAUUUGCCAACGUCAUUGAGAAAGCCAAGGCGUCAGAGAUGGCCUCUUUUGUUCAGACCAAACGGGACCUUGGCUGUAAGGCUCCCCAGGUAUCGGUGCUGGAGGAAGGCAUCAACACUGAAAACAGAUGGGCCAAAGAGUUCUGGAACCUGCUCGGAGGAAAGAGCAAAUACAGAGGGGCAGGGGACCCGGAGGAGGAUGAGCUGUACGAGAGCGGGGUGGUGGACUCCAACGGCGUGUACAGACUCCAGGGAGACAAGCUGGUACCGCACGAAGAUGCUUGGGCGUCCAUCCCCAGUGUGUCUUUGCUGGACUCAAAAGAGGUUUUAGUCUUCGACUUUGGCAGUGAAGUGUACGUAUGGCACGGGAAAGACGUGCCCUUGGGUGACAGAAAAGUAGCUGUCAAACUGGGCAAACAGCUCUACAGCGGCAGCUACGACUACAGCAGCUGCCGAGUCAACCCUCUGGAUGCGUCCUGCACAAACAAGGAUGUGCCACCGAAAGGGGAGGGACGACCGAGCUGGACUCUGUUCGGCCGGCUGUCGGAGCACAACGAGACGUCCCUGUUCAGGGAGAAGUUCCUCGACUGGGCCGAGAGGAAGAAGGAGGAAGCAGCUCAGGCAGAGGAAAUCAAGAGCCCGGAGCACGCCGCCCCGCGCUCCCCGCUGGACUUGGAGCUGCAGCCCUGCGACGCCAAAGCCCUGCUGGGCAACGAGGCCGAGCCGGUGAAGACGGUCCUGGAGGGGGUGGACGUGCAGCGAGGCUACGGCCCGGUGAGGACGGAGGACGGGAGACAGGCCGAGCUGGCCACCGUGGCCGUGGAGGCGUGGCACAUCAAGGAGCACGGCGAGGAGGAGCUGCCCGAAGGGAGCGUGGGCCAGCUCCACGAGGGAGACGCCUACAUCAUCCGCUGGAAAUACUCCAUCACCACACUGGUCGGGAAGCGGCAGAAACCCGGGGAACUGAGCGCGGCGGCUCCCGGCAGAGAGAGGGUCGCUUGUUUCUUCUGGCAAGGCCGUCACUCCAGCGCCAGUGAGAAAGGGACGUCAGCGCUGAUGACGGUGGAGCUGGGCAGCCACCGGGGGUCACAGGUGCUGGUGACUCAGGGGAAAGAGCCGCCGUGCUUCCUGCAGCUCUUCCAGGGGGGCUUGGUCAUCCAUAAGGGCGGCAGAGACGACAGUUCCAGCAGCGCAGGUGGCUGGAGGUUGUUCUGCGUCCGCGGCGAGGCCGAGGUGGAGGCCUCCCUGAUGGAGGUGGCGUGCGAGCGUGCCAGUCUGCGCUCCCGCUCCAGCCUGGUGCUGCUCAACGCGCAGAAGGAUCUUCUCUACCUGUGGCACGGAUGCAAAGCACACGCAGAUGCCAAGCAGGUGGCCAAAAGAGCAGUGGACAAACUCCAGCAGAGGUGUCCCUCAGAGCUGGGACUAAACGGCAGCAGCAAGUUGAAGGUGGAGGAGGUGGAGGAAGGCUCUGAGCCUGCAGAGGUUCUGAAGGCUUUAGGCCCGCAAGACAAGAAGGCUUACGACUGUAUGCUGCAAGAUCCUGGAAAGUACAACUACACGCCGCGGCUCUUCAGGCUGAGCGCCAGCUCCGGGAUGUUCGGCUGGGAGGAGCUGCUGUAUCCCGCCAGGGUGAUGGAGAGAGUCAUGGCCAUGCCCUUCCUGCAGGAGAACCUCUACUCUGCACAGCAGCCAGCCCUGUUUCUUCUGGACAACCGCAUGGAGGUGUACCUGUGGCAGGGCUGGCAGCCUGACGACACUCAGUGCACCGGAUCUGCUAAGAUGCGCUGGGACAGUGAGAGGAAGUGCGCCAUGGAGACGGUGCUGCAGUACUGCAAAGAAAAGAAUCCUCGGCGCCCCCCUCUGGCCUACCUGGUCCUGGCGGGCUAUGAGCCCCUCACGUUCACAAACAUCUUCCCGUACUGGGAGAAGAACGCCAGCAUCACGUCUAAGAGCGGAAGUUCCAAGAGCAAAGUGAUCCUGGUGAAAGACGCGCUGUCCAAGCUGAGCAAGGAGCAGUACUCCAUCGAGGAGCUGACCAGGAAGCCUCUGCCGGAGGGAGUGGAUCCGCUCCGCCUGGAGGACUACCUGUCAGACCAGGACUUCAAGACGCUUUUUGAGAUGAGUCGAGUCGAGUUCAACGCCAUGCCAAACUGGAAGCAGAAGAACCUGAAGAAGAGCAAAGGUUUAUUUUAAAAAGGCUCCACGCAGAUUCACCGCCGUUCUUCUUCUUGACUUUCUCGCUCCUCUCCGCAGCUUUUAUCACAUUUUUUUAUUUGACCUACAGAAAAGAGAUCCUCAUUUGUAAAGACUAGAAAAUGUAAAUGUACAAUCCUGUUUUUAAUGUUUAUCUGGUUUUAUUAACUGUGCCGUAUUAUUUUGUUGUUUUUUAUGCUGUCUCUGAAACAUUUUAACCGACGAUUAUGUGCAAUUAAUCUUUUACCUUCACACUAUUAUAAAUAUGUGAGAUACUGUUGAUGUUUACUCAGAUAUGUUAAUUGUUGUUUGUGGUUUAAAACCGUUUUUUUGUUGUUGUUUUUUUCAUUUAAACUGAGAGCGGGCUCCGUCACCAGGGACACAUCUGCUCAUUAAAAAGUGCAGAUUUGAAUUGAAUUGUCAAAACAACCCAUUUUGAUUGGUUCAAACCAACAAUUUCACUUAGAUAACGACGUAUUUUCUUAUUUUAUCACAUCCACAGGAAACCAAUCAAAACACAGCGCAAGUAUUAUUUGGUACUGAAUAUUAAUCCUUUAGCUGGGCCCUUCUCGGCCUCAUUCUGGUUGUUUGGGACCAAAUCUAAGCUGUCUAUAUUUACCAGUUAGUUUUUUUUUUUUUCUUCCUCCUGAGUCUGUGCAUUUAGGUUUGGAUCAUUCCUGAACUUUAAAAGCAUUAUGUGUGUUACUGGAUGUCUUCUGAGAGAAUGUGAGUGUGAAACUGCUGCAUAAACUGCCUGUAUUAGAAAACUGUGUUGAUAUGCCACUCGUAAAAACUAUCAUUGUUUUUUUUUGUUUUUUUUUUUGUGGUAAUCUGCAUCUUGGUUGUGAUCAGUAUGAUCUGUAUUAUUGAUUGGGUCAGGUUUGGGAGUUAGAUGAUCAGUAUUCCUUUUAAAGUAAAAAAAUAUAUAAGAAUAAAAGUGUUGAUUGACUGUU